AUGACUUUUGAUGUUGCAGACUUCCGUCGCUAUAUGGAAUCUUCUCAGAACACCGCACAUAUCGAUGGUGUCCUGGCCGAGGUCAGAGGUCAAAUGGAUACUUCGAACUUUCUUUAUCCCUUGAAGAAUUUGCCAACACUCGACGAACGUACCAUCAUAUAUACGGAUACAGACGGAAAUUCAACACUUCUUUUCAAUGAAGGAAGCUCGGAGUCUGAAGGCAUCGAGGCGAUAUUUGUUGUGCAGGGUGUUUUGUGGGAUUUUACACUUCCUCCAAUUCUUGCAAAAACAGACCUUCCACGCCGCGUUCAGUUCGCGAAACAAAGUGUGGUUAUCCAUGGAUGGGGAAACAAGCAUUUCGUCGAGGAUCGACAAGCCAUCGAGGCCAUUCAUCAAAAGAUGUCAGCCAAUUAUAAAGAAGGUACAUUGAAACCUUGGGACGGACUCAACACAACAGACUCCGAUAUGACUUCGAAGGAGUACUCCAACCGUUAUUUCACGCCUAUUCAGCAUGCAAAUGGCGAGCUCAGCAUACCCUUUGGAUCAAAUGUUGAUCCAUAUCAGCAUCUUUCCCGUGCGGCUACAUCCAACAUGGUUCACCUGUCCACUAAUGAAGUGGGAUACUACCAAUAUAUACCUAUUCACCGUCGCAAAACAGGCUUUGUCUGCUUCAAUCCGGCACAGUUUCGAGCCGGACAGUUAGUACAGAUUCAGAUAGCAUUCAAGACUGUGCCUUCUGGAGGCAAGACUAUACAGCAUCGCUUAAUAUGUCAACUGAAGAGCAUAGCUAUGCUUGAUAAUGCCAUGCAACAGACUUACGAAUCAAUUGUACGUGCACGAAAUGAACAUCAGAAGGCCGGGAGAGGUAUAGCCAUCAAACGGCCCAUAGGAUAUCUUCAGUUUUCUCCGGCUGGCGAGAUGUCGACGAAAAAAGUGAGAACAGAGGAACAUAUAGAGAGAGUGGACGAGAGUAUGGCUGAAUCGAAAGAGGGCGAAUCAGGAGCAGAGGGAAGGUUUCGAAACGGCAGCUUGAACAUCGAUGGUUUAAGCUUGAAUGAUGAUAUAGCUUAG